CCACAGAGGAUGGGUCGGAUGAACCGGCUGCCCUGGGUGAAGUCACCUUAAGGAUAGACGUGAAGUAACUGAAAGAAACCCAAGGAUUCAGCGCGGGGCCUGGAGAUGACGGGCCAGGCGGCGGAGAGGGACCGCUCGCCCCACAACCUGUCGGUGAGGACCACCCUGGAGGAGGAGGCCGACGCGGCCGACAGUAUUCUGAGCAGGGUGCCCUCGGCCUGCGACGACACGUCCUCGGAGCUGCAAAGAGUCGCCGCUCUCGACCUUCAUGGCGGCAAUUCGAGGAAUUCCUUUCAGAGGAACGGCGCUAUCUCAAGGCUGGUGAGCCUGGUGGUCAGGCUGAGGGAGUGGGCCCACAGGAGCCUGCUGGAGGAGGAGGAGCGGCCGGACUCCUUCCUCGAGCGCUUUCGGGGCCCCGAGCUGAGGACGGCGCCGAGCCGCACCAGCACCACGCAGCCCGACAUCAACGGCAACAACGCCAAAGGGAUCUUCAAGAGGAGGUGGCAUCUGUUCGUGGUGUCGCCGGCGGACGACGCCUACUACCGCUGGUUAUUCGUCAUCGCCACCGCGGUGCUGUACAACUGGUUCCUUGUGGUGGCGAGGGCCUGCUUUGACAGGCUGCAGGUGGAGAACUACAUCUGGUGGCUGGUGCUGGACUACCUCUCCGACGGCGUGUACGUGACGGACACCUUCGUCCGACUGCGAACAGGCUUCCUGGAGCAGGGGCUGCUGGUGAAGGACCACGUCAAGCUGAGGGCCAACUACGUGCACACGCUGCAGUUCAAGCUGGACGCGGCCUCCAUCCUGCCCACGGACCUGCUCUACCUCGCCACCGGCAUCCACACGCCGCAGCUGCGCUUGAACCGCCUGCUGCGCUUCCCGCGCAUGUUCGAGUUCUUCGACCGCACGGAGACUCGCACCAACUACCCCAACAUCUUCCGCAUCACCAUCCUGGUGCUCUACAUCCUGGUCAUCAUCCACUGGAACGCUUGUAUCUACUACGCUAUAUCCAAGUCCCUGGGCUUCGGCUCGGACACGUGGGUCUUCCCCAACACCUCGGACCCUGCGUAUUCCUCCUUGUCCUGGAGUUACGUCUACUGUCUGUACUGGUCCACCCUCACUCUCACCACCAUCGGCGAGAUGCCCGCCCCCGUGCGGGACGAAGAGUACCUGUUCGUGGUCUUCGACUUCCUCGUCGGGGUGCUGAUAUUCGCCACGAUCGUGGGGAACGUUGGCUCCAUGAUCGCCAACAUGAACGCCACCCGCGCCGACUUUCAGUCCCGCAUAGACGCCAUCAAGCACUACAUGCAGUUCCGCAAAGUCAGCAGGGACCUGGAGACGCGCGUCAUCAAGUGGUUCGACUACCUGUGGACCAACAAGAAGGCGGUGGACGAGCAGGAGGUGCUGAAGAACCUGCCGAACAAGCUGCGGGCUGAGAUCGCUAUUAAUGUUCACCUGGAGACCCUGAAGAAAGUGAGGAUCUUUCAGGACUGUGAGGCCGGGCUGCUGGUGGAGCUGGUGCUCAAACUACGCCCGCAGGUCUUCAGCCCGGGGGACUACAUCUGCAGGAAGGGGGACAUCGGUAAAGAGAUGUACAUCAUCAAAGAGGGGAAGCUGGCUGUGGUGGCGGACGAUGGGGUCACACAGUACGCCCUGCUCACCGCCGGCAGCUGCUUCGGCGAAAUCAGCAUUCUGAACAUAAAGGGCAGCAAAAUGGGGAAUCGCCGCACGGCCAACAUCCGCAGCCUGGGCUACUCCGACCUCUUCUGCCUCUCCAAGGACGACCUGAUGGAGGCGGUGACCGAGUACCCGGACGCCAAGACGGUGCUGGAGGAGCGGGGCCGCGAGAUCCUGAAGAAGGAGGGCCUGCUGGACGAGCACGGAGAGGGCGGCGGCCUGCACAAGGAGGACACGGAGGAGAAGGUGGAGCGGCUGGAGUCGUCGCUGGACACCCUGCACACGCGCUUCUCCCGGCUGCUCGGCGAAUACACGCGCACCCAGCAGCGGCUGAAGCAGCGCAUCACCGCGCUGGAGCGGCAGGUCAACCGGGCGGACGCGGACGCGGGCGACGACGAGGAGGCGCGCGCGGACGAGGAGGCGGCCGACGAGGAGCAGGGGAGCGAAGACCCCAACGCGAAACAAACGAGUCUCUCCCCGAAAAGAUGAGACGCUUUUAGCUGACUGUAAAACAAAGCUGAUGAAUAUAAAUGGAUUUGGACAAGAAGUACAGCUGUGAGAUUGUUGAACAACGAAAGACUUGAAUAUGAUUUAUGUUAUAAUUUGUUUUUGGGUGCUUGAACUCAUUAAUUUCCAGUGUCCUUAUUUUCCAGGUCAGCUAUUACACUAUAAACUAGUCUGUUACAUUGACUUCACCUCUCACCUCUCAUUAAAAUGAGUCACGUUG